ACCAAACUUAACAAGAUGACUAGUCUCUCUGCGAAGGACAAGGACACCGUCAAAGCCUUCUGGGCCAAGAUCGCUCCCAAGGCGGGGGACAUCGGCAGAGAUGCUCUGGGCAGGAUGCUGGUGGUGUACCCUCAGACCAAGACCUACUUCGCCCACUGGAAGGACCUGAGCCCCGGCUCCGCUCCGGUGGCGAAGCAUGGAGCCACAAUCAUGGGUGGGGUUGGUGAGGCCGUGAGCAAAAUCGACAAUCUGACUGCGGGUCUCUUCAACCUGAGCGAGCUGCACGCCUUCACCCUGAGAGUGGAUCCUGCCAACUUCAAGAUCCUCGCCCACAACAUUCUGGUAGUUUUGGCCAUCCAGUACCCAACUGACUUCACCCCCGAGGUCCACGUGUCCAUGGACAAGUUCCUGGCAGCGGUGGCUCUGGCUCUGUCUGAGAAAUACAGAUGAAGAGCUGGAGGAGGGGCGGCAAGCAUGAGAUGACUCUGAGCUCGAUCAAUAAACCCAAAGUACAAAGCUGA